GCGUCGUUACAGUUUGUUAGAAGACGUGCGCGAGACAACAGUACGAUAACACGUUCCGACAAUUGAAUUCAUACGGAAAUUCGUUGAGAAGUAUAUUUACAAAUGCUGCGCCAAUUGUUAGUGUAUGCCGUGUGCAGCUAUAUCGUGGCCGCUGUGUAUGCAAUACCACCCUAUGAGGUGCCGAAGGCUAAAAUAGAUGUCUACGCCAAAGGUUUUGAGGUCUCCAUACCCGAUGAGGAGGGCAUCACACUUUUCGCCUUUCAUGGUAAACUUAAUGAGGAGAUGAAUGGUUUAGAGGCCGGCACUUGGGCGCGAGAUAUUACAAAGGCGAAAAACGGACGUUGGACUUUUCGUGAUCCGAACACAAAGUUGAAACUCGGCGAUACGCUCUACUACUGGACCUAUGUGAUCUACAAUGGUUUGGGUUAUCGUGAGGAUGAUGGCGUUUUUGUGGUGAAUGAGUAUGCCACUCCCAUUGUUAAUACUGGCGACGAUACAAAGCAGGGUGGCGCUGGUUUAUUAGAUGUACGUAGUGGUAGCAGCUGCCAAAAAACACCGUCGCGCCGUAAUGGUUUAGAAAUACGCUGUGCUAAUCAACUGUUAUUCGAUGAUGACUUUAACGGCUCGCGCUUGGACAAGAAUAAGUGGAGCGUAGAGCGACGUUUCCCCACAAAACCUGACUAUGAAUAUAACUUAUACUUGGACGAUGCAACCGAUGUGUUGCAAGUGGGAAACGGCAUGGUUACCAUAAAACCAAAAUUGACAGAUCGUCACUUCCAGCAGCACGCGAAACCGUUACAUGCGAAAUAUGACCUCGGCGAAACGUGCACAGGCGGUCAAGGCAGUGAGGAGUGUGUGCGCGAUGGUGCAGCCACAGCGUAUAUAUCAAUACCGCCCUUCAUUACCGCACAGUUCUCAACUAAAGGCCUAUUCUCCUUCAAAUAUGGACGCAUUGAGAUACGCGCCAAGUUGCCACGCGCCAACUGGGUCUUCCCGCAACUAUGGCUGCAGCCGGUUAACGAAAAAUAUGGUGCCGAUCAGUAUCAGUCGGGACAAAUGCGCAUCGCCUUUAGCUAUGUAAACGAUACACAAAUGCAACUGUUUGGCGGUUUGAUCGUCAAUUCGAACGAUAAGUGGCGUUAUGAGAAAAUGUGCGAAUUCCCGGACACAGCUAUUUUCAAUUUGGGCAAUGAUUUUCAUACUUACAAACUAGUGUGGACUGAGAAUGAAAUUUCGGUGGCUGUGGACAAUAAAAACUAUUGUACUUUCGAUCCCGUUAAGGAUGGCGUCAUAGCCGAUAUGUUCAAAGAUGGCGAAGAGCUGCCGAAUAAAGGUUUGUUGCAGAAGGGUGGUAAAUUGGCGCCCUUCGAUGAGGAAUUCUACAUCACCAUGGGUUAUGGCAUCGGUGGCGUACACGAUUUUAGGGAUAAUUUAUAUGGCUGGAAGCCGGAGAAACCUUGGGGCAAUACGAAUCCACGCGGCAUGGGCUCGUUAUAUAAACAAGUGAAAGCUUUGAAUUUUGAUCGCUGGAUAUCCAGCGGGGAUAUGUUUAUUGAUUUUGUGAAAGUCUAUUCUGUAUAAAUUUCGAUACAAAUUUUCAGUAUAACGAUGAGAUGUGAUAUUGAUUUGUUGGUAUGAGUGGUUGUAUUUAAAAUAAGACUUUAUGAAUACAAUUUCUGUAUGAAAAUUAACCUAAUAAAAUCUUUAGAUAUAAAAAUUG